UUGCGCAAAUGUCAAAAUGAGAUUACAAGCGCAUAACCUAAAAUCCCAGUUAUUUAAACAAUUAUUUAAUGUAAGCCCUUGUUUUAGUAGAUUUAUAAGUUCUAAGAAAUGCUUUAAUGUUUUAUUCUUCGGUUCAGAUGGAAUAGCCUUAAGCAGCUUGAAGAAAAUUAAUGAUUUAAGGAAAAGUGAGAAAAUCAUCAAUCAAUUGAAUAUAGUCACAGCAAACAGUUCCAAGCAUAAGACAAUAAUAGAAAAAUAUGCAGAGUCCGAGAGUAUAAAAACACUUUCAUGGCCAUUACAGGGAAUAGAGAAUGCCAAAUAUGAUAUUGGAUUAAUUGUAGCAUUUGGUCAUUUAAUUAAAAAAGAUCUGCUGGAAAAGUUUCCUUUAGGCAUGGUGAACGUGCACCCCAGCCUGCUCCCGCGCUGGCGCGGCGCCGCGCCCAUUGUGCACACUCUGCUGCGAGGGGAUGAGGUGACUGGAGUGUCGCUCAUGAAGAUCAGGGCGGACCGGUUUGAUGUUGGUGAAAUUAUCAGUCAAGUGAAAGUACCUAUAUCCGAAGAUGUGAAACUGCCUGAACUGACAGAAGAGCUAUCAGAGAUUGGCGCCAACAUGUUGGUCCAAUGUUUAAGAACUCUACCAGACUGUUUGAACAAUGCACAACCACAAAGUGAGGAUGGAGUAACAUAUGCCAAGAAAAUAUCCAAAGACAUAAGUGAAGUGCGGUGGUCAGAAAUGACUUCCACAGAAGUAUACAACCUUUACAGAGCGAUAUACGGCGUCUACCCUUUAUCUACAAAAUUCAAAGAUAAACAGAUAAAACUAUUCGAUGCAUUCAUAGUUAGUGGUGAGUGUACAAAUAUUAAUGCCCAAAUAGGAUCUCUAGAAUACUGUGAUAAAAGGCACGCUAUUAAAGUGCUAUGUAAAGAUAAAAGAUAUAUUUAUUUCAAGUCGUUAAGAAUCGUUGGCAAAAGAAAGAUAUCUGCUACGGACUUUUAUAAUGGUUACAUCAAAAAUGUUCCUAGUGAUUUAAGAAAUUUCGUAUUGUGUCAAUAAAAAUAUGACUGUAAAUAGACGUAUAUGUAACUACUUUGUUAUUAUUUAUUGUUUUGUAUAGAUUAAUGUAGAUUUAAGUUAAAAAAACGAUAAACAGCCACAUUUAAA